GCUGUUGUGAAACGUAGUUUGACGCGAGGCUUCCUCCUUUACUGCCGAGCAAAAGAAACGGAAUUAUGUCGCCACCGUCCGGCGGCAAGGUCGGCCCGGGAAAGGCGGUCCUCAAUCGGUAAGGACGCGCCUACUGCUGACGAGUAUGUACGUCGUUGGUAAGGACCUGAUAUCCAGCACUUCACUACUUUCUCCUGUUUGGUGGAUUCUUCUAGUGCGCAAAUUAUGUGACAUACAGGCGUGGAUAACGCACGGAGAACCUGGAGCGACGCAUGGACGGCGCCGGCAGGGAUAGCGGAGGGGCAGCGCCACUGACGCACACGUCGACGUCGCCUCCAUCUGCGACACAGCAUCCCGGACCGCCGACUGACGUCACACGCCACGGCGAACCUACCGAAAAGGCAGCCAGCGCCGACGACGUUUCGACCCCCGAGUCGGGGAACUGUGGCGAACCAGAGAAAAACCCAACAGCACGUGAAGGCAGGGUCGGUGGAGACGCGCGAGACGUUUCGCUGGCAGACGUCAGUCAACCUCAGGCAGACGUUACAGACGGCGGCGUGUUUACAGUCCCGCCUUUCGGCUACUACCUCCGCCGGAAGACUGCGUUCGUCAACGUCGAGAGGAUUAAGAGAUUCCUCGCCAGCUCUUUGGAGUCGUCGUCGGAGGAGGGGGAAAGUGUCGGUGUCGGUGCUUCGUCCGAGCAAAACAAAGGUGCAAAUUCAGACGGUGGUGCUCAAGAAGAAGUUGGUGCUGCCAGAGUGAGUGUUAGUGGUGAUCAGGAAACACAAGCUGGCUCCCAGAGUGGGUUGCCGACACAAGACCCAACUGACAGAAAUUCGGGCACAUUUGGAGAAAACAGACAUUUGGCAGGUGGUAUAGGUACUGAUACUGAAUCGUACAGAAAUUCUGGAUCAGUUAAUGGUCGUGAUUCCCAGCUUACUGAAAGUGGGACUCAGAGUGAAAAGCUCGUAGGUGAAACGAUAAGAGUAGUCGUCACUGAACGGAGCUUCCAAGAAGCUUCGUGUGUAGAGAAGGAGACUACCCUCUCUGAAAAGGUUGGUGCAAUUGGGAGCUGCAAUAGUCCUGAAGAACGUCAAUCUGGCAGUAGGGACUCUGCUGAAAGUACAUCUUCUGCCAGUGCUACAGCUGAAAGAGGAGAAGAACUGAAAUCUAGAAAUAGCAGUACAGCUAGUAUUGGAAGUGAAAAGGAGCCUGUGUUCCCAACUGCUGGACAAGAAGAUACACCCAAAGGAGAUCAGGUCCAACAGCAGCCAGCCCAUAGAGGGUCUAUCUCCUCGCCAGAAAACAGUCCAGAGGCAUCCACACCUGCAACUGGCGCUCUGGUUUCGGCCUUGAAGAAUGGCAAGAAGAAGCUGGUGAAGAGGGUGUCAUUUGCGGAUGAAGGAUCAGACAGGAAAUCCCUGGUCGAAGAGUUUGAACUCAGGGAAGAACCAGUGAAGCAGCAAGAAAAGAGGGAAAAGCCCUCGCCUCCACCACGGACUGUACCGGCUCCUGCACCGCGUACCGAGAAGCCGAGUCCGGAAACCGCUAGCGGUCGGCCACAGCGUCUGGUGCUCCAGAAGACUGAAGAGGGAGUUGCUAGGCUGGUGAGAGUAACUUGGCUCGACAGUUCCAGCCAAGGAAAGGCGAAGAAGAGGGAGGGAGAACCGGAGCUCCAGGCAUCGAAACCGCAAGAGAGAUUAGUGUCCGAAGAGACGCGAGGUCCGUCCAGUCAGCAGACGGGGACAGUGGAUGGUGAGGUCGCUGCAGAGCUUCCGACGUCUCCGGCGAGGAUCUUCGUAUUUCCAGAUCAGUCCACUUCGAGUCAUCCCCAGGACCCUGGCCCUUCGGGAGGUAUCUGGAGGCAAGACGGCACACCCUCCAGCGACGACGUCUUCUUGUCGCCAACCGAGGAGGCUGCAUUUGCCUCCAGUGGCAGACCGUUCAGUAGCUUUGUCAGUUCUGCCCUCACUGACAGACCAGCAGAGCCCGAACCAGUGGAUGUCUUGUCUGCGGGAGACAGCGUAGUGUCCAUUUCUGACUCGAGCAGGGCCAGCGACUUUGGAGAAAGCCUUGACACAGGUAGUGCUUCUGGGUACCCCUCCAGCAGUGACAGUGCUUUUGUUGAUCUCGCACCAGCAGAAGAUCCAGAGGACGAGGAAGGAGAAGAGGAUAGUGAGGCUGUUGAUCAACAGUGGCAGCAAGACAGCAGUUCUGGGAGCAGUGACGACGAAUUUGAUGAAAUCAGUGGGUGCCCCGAGGAGCCGGUGACACAGGUUGAUCCGGUUUUAGCAGUAAGUGGAGACCCCAAACCUGAUGUACUACUGGAAAGAGAAUUUUGGAGUGAAGCAAGUGUUGUCGAAGACAGAUCUGUGCAUCCGUCUCUGAGGCAGGACAGUGUGGUUGGAUCUGAGCAGAGAUACUGUCCCGUGGAGAAUGGCGGCUUGAAUAGUGGUUUGUCUCCUGGUGCUACUCCCUUGGCAGUUAAGGAAGUACUUCUUUCAGGAGUAGUCAAGAGCGAAACUGGAGCAGCUGCCUCUUACCUCACUGAAGUAGAGCAGGUUGGUUAUAGUGGCUUCACUUUAGACGGGAAGGCAGUUGACUGUGUUUCGAGUCAAGAGAGGUGCAUCACACUAAACUACGUGAGCUUGGAGGCGGAGAAAGGUCGCGAAGUGAGUGUCAGGGACCAGGAUUUUGGUGGAGGAAAGGCCGGCGUAGAGAGACACGACAGUUCGCAGCUGCCGCCCACACCACCACCCAGCCCAGUAGAGGGCGAGGAGUGGGAGGGCGCACCAAAGGGCGACCCUCCAAGGGCAGGCCCUCCGAGGGCGUACCGUCUGCCGCAGGAGCAGGGGGUUCUAGAUAAGCAGUGCCUCAGAGAGGCAUCCACAACGGGGUCCAAGGGCUCCAAAGAACAGUCUGCCGGAAUCUUGCCAAUACCGGAGGAAGGAGGUGAGGACGGGGGGAGAGAGAAGAGGAUCGAGGAACCAGACACUGAGAGGGAUGAAAACUGUGCGAAGCAACGACCAGAAGAGGGACAGCUCACGAAGCAAGAGCAGUCUACGCCGUCGUCAUCGCCGCCGCCAGAGACAGACCCGACGAACGCCGCCGUCUCCACCGUGCUCGUCCUGACGAAAGACGAAGUCUAUCCGGAGGAAGGCGAACGGGAAGAAGCAGGAAUAGAAGACAGGUACCCUCAAGAGGGAGUGCAGUCUAGCGAAGAAGUCACAGCCGCUGGAGACGCCCCAACACCCCGAAGACCUCAGCAACAGGUGGAGGAGAGCAGCGCAGCCGAGACGUCCGGCGGGGAGAUGCCGGGCUCUCCGGAGGGCGAGGCCGAAGUGCCGCUGCAGAGGGCGCUGGACCACAUCGAGCAGCUGCAGCAGAACCUGUCCACCAGGCUCAGCCCCGGCGCCGUGCAGGCCAUCCGCGCAGAGCUCAAGGGCGCCAGCGCCGCCGCCUCGCCCUCCGGUCCGGGUUCGACGCCAGACAACGCUCGCCGCCGGGAGGCAUUCUUCCGCGACGGUCUCGCCGGGGCUUCCCCGGCCGGCGGGAGCGGCGGCGGCCCUGCCACCUGGCGGCGCAGCGCCGAACUGUCGCCGCCGCGCGCCGCGCACAACUCGCCGCCAGGCGGCAGCACUGCGGCGGCGCCGGGCGCCGGUGCUGACAGCUGGCGGCGCAGCGCGGAACUGCCCGCCACGACCGUGAGCGCGACCACGGCCGCGACCUCGACCCCGACCACGACCUCUACCACGCCGGCUGCGCACAACGUGACCGUGGUCACCAAACGAGUACUGUGGGUGGCAGAGACAGAGCCGGCGGCAGCAGAAAAACCGAAGCCUCCGACAGCAGGUGAGGGAGGAGCGGCUGACCCGUCGUCUCCGCCAAAGUCCGCCCGCGUCUUCAUCUCGCUCAGCCCGCGCUCCGUCGAGAAGCUCGUCUCAGGGCCGCGGGGUCCCGGACCUGACACGAAGAGUGCCCCCGUGGCACGGCCCCAGCAGAACGGCAGUGCUACAACCGACAGAGCCGGCGACACCUCGAAACCGGCAGUCGGCCGCGACAAGCCGGACGGAGCUGCCGGCUCCCCCGCCGGACGGCGACUGGGGCCGCGACCCGCAGUCCCCGCGGUGAAGCCCUCCGUGACUCCGAGGAAGGACGCCGUCGCACCAGAUCGCACUGCGGCGGUGUCCCGAGAAGAUUCCGUGGCGCAGGGGAAAGCGUCGAUCCCUGCGGAGCUGGCAGCUGCGAGAGGGGGUUCGCCGGCGAAGGCUCCCGGUAAAGCGCGCAGACCCGAACCCGGUGCGAGUCUGCUCGCCACUCCUAAGACAGAAAGCAAUACGCAGAAGCCAGAGGUACCACCGAAGUCGGUCUCCCAGCGAUCCAGCUUAGCCGAGGCCAAGCAGCAGAGUCCGGAAUCGCCGCCCGGGACUGCCGACGUCUCGGCGUCGACUACUGUCGAGUCCACAGGUGACGACACGGACAUUCCUUACGCAGAUUCGGAUGACGAGGCGAGCGCCGGUGAGAUGUCGCCCGUGUACCAGCCCUCCACAGGGAAUCAGCCGGCAGGGGAUGCGGACGGGGCAGCUGCAGCGGCCGCGAGGUCGGUGCCGCCAUCUGCGGGCCGCAUGUCGUGGACGCAGCAGCUGCUGGAGAAGCUGUCCGAGGAGGAGGACGCGAAGAGGAAGCGGCUGGCCGAGGCGCCCCGGAAGCCCCCCAGACUGGUGCGCUACCCCGGGCAGAGGGAGGCGGAGGAGGCGCAGCGCAGGGCGUCCGCCCCCACCAGCUACCACCCGCUGCAAACUGUGGGGGCAACAGACCCCGUGCUGGCGAGUGCCGUGCCGGGCACGGACGCGUACGCCGAGCUCAUCGACCGCCUCAUCGAGGACGGCAGCCCCGCCACACGGCACAGGCCGUACCGCCAGCAGUAUGGACCAGGGGGGAUCCCUCUGCGGAGGCAGGCGUCGCUGGAGGAGGACAGCGGCAGCACGACGAGCAGCGACGGCGCAGAGACGGCGCGCCUGCGCCAGAAGUUCGAGGAGGAGCUGCGCACUGUGGCGGCGAUGCAGCAGCGCCGGCAGGCCGCAGACCCGGAGGCGGGGGGCCGCGCGGCAGGAGCGGGUGCCGCGGCUACACCCCAGCCGCCCGUUCCCGAGCAGGACACCGCGCCGCUGCAGAGGGCCGUCUCACCUGUGCAGAGGCUCACCUCACCAGCGCAGAGGGCCAUAUCACCGACGCAGAGGGUCCGGUCGCCGCCCCCUCCGGAGAGGUCGACGACUGGUCCGCGAGGCUACCAGACCGUGAAGGUAACGGCACUGGUGGAGAAACCGUCGACACCGCCGAAGAGGCAGCCGUCAGCGCCGGCUGAGCCGUCAGCCUCUACGCCGUCGCCCCCGAAGCAGCUGACAAGUUCUCCAGACCGGGAUGCCAUCAAGCCGAAGCCCAUCUCACCAGUCGUGCGUCGGACCGCGAUGUCACCACAACCGCCGGCAGGCACCCGUCCGCAACAGGGCGUGCCGAAGCUGCGUGCGUCGCCAAUGCAGCAGCAUCGUCAGCAGCAGCAGCAACAACAACAGCAGCAACAACAACAGCAGCUGCGGCAGCAGCAGCAGCAGCAGCAGCAGCAGCAGCAGCAGCAACAGCAGCAACAGCAACAGCAACAGCAACAGCAGAAGACGAAGAGCUCAGGACUGCGGAGGUUUCUGUCCCCGGCAGCCAGCCUGUUCGCGUCUGCCACGGGCAACAGUCCUCGCAACCGCAGGAGCCUCAGUGAGGACCGCAGCUCUAGGUCCUCCCCACUCCUGCUGAAACCGUACAAGUCCAAGAAGCAGCAGCAGCAGCAGCAGCAGAACGCACAGGAGGACGCCGUGCAGAGGCAGCCGCUGCUGGCACAGAAGAAGUCCACGCCGCAAGCUCCAGCCGCCACACACGACGCCAAAAGGAAAGUCCACCCCACAUCAAAUGCUCCACUGGUGGAGACAGCGUUUCUCUCCGAGCCGAAGAAGCCGACGCCGACAGCGACGCAGCAGAACCUUCUCAACGCGGGGGCGGACUACCGCAACAAACCGCUGCCCCCCGUGCCGCCCCACCGGACCUCCAGUCGCAGCAGCAGCAUCGCCGGCACCGCCCCCACACCUGCCCCCGUCCCCGUGCCCGCCCCUGCUGUGGCCGCCCCCGCCGGAGGCAGCUCGCACAGCACCGCGCGGACCAUCCCCGACACGUCUCUCGUGUUGGAGGAGCGGUUGGACAGCAUCCGCCGCAGCCUCACACCCACGCAGUACUCCAGGGGCGAGGUGCCCGCAGCUGCAGACUUUGCCAGCCGGCGGCAGCAGAAACGCUACCAGUCGCUGCCGCCCAUGUCGUCGCUGCCGGCGACGCGCCAGCAGCUGGAGGCGAUGGAGCGCGCGGCCCGCGGCUCGCCACCCACCUCGGAGUACCGGCCGGCGGGCAAACCGUCGGCUGCUGCGAGUCAGUCGGCGUACCGGCAGCUGUUCGAGGAGGCUCCGGGAGGCCCACGAGAAAACUGGGAAGUGGAGCGGCAGCUCACCGUCGAGGGCACGGAGCCGAAGGUGAUCCGCCGCCCGCCCUCCGGGAGGGUCCUGCCGCUGCAGCUGGUGAGGCCCCUGUCCUCCACAAUAGAGGUCCCUGCGAACUCCUCGGCCGGUAUCUACCAGAAUGUCCAGCAGACCAACAGGGCGAGGCAGCAGGCCAGCUACCCAGAGGUCUACUACCACGGCAAGCAGCAUGACACCCAGUCGGACACGGAGGCCCUCCGGCAGAACCGGCCACCCACGCAGCAUGGCCGCGGCGGGAGCGUCGCGUCGGACGGUGCCGACACGGUGCAGUCAUCGCGCACCGUGGACGCCAGCUCGCCGUCAUCGUCAUCGACGGCGACGGUGGUCUCCUCGGCACAGCAGCAGCGGCAGAGGCCCGGGGACGCGGUGGAUGCGGCGGACGUGUCGCCUGGGGCGGCUGAGGUGCAGAGGGUGAUGCAAGCCAGACCGCCUAUGGCGCUGCCGCCCCCGUCCGGCCGCAUGUCGGCCCCUCCGAGCACCGCCGACUGGCAGCGCCGCUACGGCCGCAUCCAGCAGCCGCUGCUGCAGUCGCCGCCCGCCCUCGUGCCCGUGUCGGCAGCCAUCAAGGUCACCAGGGAGCCCGUCUACAGCAACAUCUCGCAGGCAACGCCAUCGCAGCAGCCGCAGCGCCGGCAGCACGUGCCGCUGUCGCCCGUCUCCCCGCCGCCGGACGGCACGGUGCGCCUGAGCCGACGCGAGCUGGAGGCGCUCUACUGGCAGACGCAGAUGCUGCGUGAGGAGCUGGCCGCGCAGAAGCGCUACCUCGGCAUGACGGGGCCCGCGCCUGCCUCCGACACGUCCGUCGCCUCCACUGCGACCGCGGGGAGCGGGGGCGGCACGUACGUGUCCGUCCUGCCGCGGCCGCAGCCGGUGUACGCCAGCCCGCAGAUGCAGCUGCCACCCCAGCAGCACCGCCGCUCGCGCAGCAUGUCGCCGUCGCCGUACCACGGACCCGUCUCUCCUGGCAGUGCCUACCCUCUGUAUGCUUCCAACAGGAGCCUGAGCCUGAGUUUGCCGCGGGGCGCCGUGCUGCCGGAGCUGUACGACGUCCAGCAGCAGCCGUUCGUGCGCGGCGCACCGUACCGCAACACCGUCGCUGGCAUCCGCAGCCACUCCGUUUCGGAGCGCACCUCCACCCCCACCAUAUACGAGGAGGCGGCGCACCAGCAGGCUGCGGCUCCACGGCGCGAGCAGAGCGCGGACGGGACUCCGCGCCGCAGGAGCCGAGGCGUGGGAGCGGGCGAGGGGCCGCCACCCAUCUUCAAGAGGGGGUCGCUGCAGGGUCUGCCCGAGCCGGACGGCCCGGCCAGCUCCACGCCCAAGAGGGUCAGCUUCACGCCGGGAGAGGACGUGUCGCCGCGGCCCAACUGGCCCACGAGGAACGGGCCGGCAGCACAGCCACCGACGAGGAACAGGGACAGUGUGGAGUCUGACGUGUUCCUGCCAAACUCGCCGCCGCCCGCCACGUCUGCGGCCAACUACGUGAACCUGUCCGACCUGGGCUACGCCUACGGCUACGGCUACGGCUACGGAACGUCCGUGGCUGCGGAGCGGCGCAGACCGUACGGUGUCGUGGUCCGGCGCAGUGCCCCGCCGGGCUCCGUCGGCAGUCCGACCGGGACUCCCGACAGGCCGCUCCCGCCGCUGCCGCCGAGUGCGAGCGGCGAGCUGUCCGGCAGCAAUUCGUCAGUGUACGGAGUGGUCGUCCGCAAGCCGCAGCCGCAGCAGCCGGUACAGCUGUCCCCGGACCGCUGGCAGUACCGCGCCGCAUUCCCGUCUCCCACCGGCAGGUGGCCGCAGUCCGAGUCCGAAUCCGGCAGCGAGGCGGGCGAGAUCCAGCGCAUCCUGGGCCGCGGCCGCAGCAGACCAGAAGAAGAAUGGAGUGGCGAUGGAAAGCCGAGGUCAUCUGGCGACCAAUCAGGAGGCGGCGGAGGCGGCAGCCGCGAUGACUCUGAGCUGAGAGGGCGCGGCGGCGGCGGCGGGGGCGGAGGAGGAGGCGGAGGCGGGAGCGGCGGCCGGGCCUCCGGGGGCGGCCGCAGCCGCGACGACCCGCGGCGCCACACGCUGUCCGGCACGGCAGACCACCACCAGCACCAACAGCACCACCAGCACCAGGCCAUGGCCGGCCGCGCCAUGGACCUCGAGAUGAGUUCAAAGUCACAAAGGCGGAAGUCGCCGCUGCCGCGCGGGUAUCCACCGCUGCCGUCGGCCAUGCUGUUCGACGACGACCCGGGCAUCAUGUCGGAGGUGGAGACCAGCUCGACGGGGUUCCGACGGGGCGGCAAGCAGCGCUCCAGCUUGCCCGUGGUUCGCACCCCGUCCAAGACCCUGGAGCGGCCACUAGGUAAGGGCGGUGGCGCAGUGGCGGGCCCCCCGCUGUUCGCGUACCCGUACCCCGCCAUGGUGCCGCACGUGGUGUACCAGCCGGUGUUGCCCAGGCCGCAGCACCACCACCACCGCGGACACCAGCAGCCCGCGCAGGCCGCCACCACUGGCGGGCUGGUGUUCCUCCAGUACCGUAGUGAGACCAAACGCGCGCUGCUGCCCAACGAGAUCACGUCGCUGGACACGGUGAAGGCGCUGUUUGUACGCUCCUUUCCCAAACAGCUCACCAUGGAGUACCUCGACUCGCCCAUGGUCAAGAUCUACAUUCACGACUCCUCCAAGGACAUGUUCUACGAGCUCGAGGACCUCAGGUCCCACCUGCGCGAGAUCCGCGACCGGUCGGUGCUGCGGCUGUUCGAGGCGGCCGACGUGAACGGGGGCGUGCUGCCCGGUGCGGGGGUGGGCCUGGCCCCGCCCCCGCCGCCCUCGGCCUGGGACCAGGACCAGUCCUACUUCAGCGAGCCCGAGUUCGACUCCGACUACCACCACCAGCACAUCCACAAGAGCAAGGCGAGCAGCAAGAGCUCCGGCGCAGGGGCCUACUACAUGACGCACUCGUACCCGCCUGGCCCAUCCACCGCCCCCGGUGGAGCGGCCACGCUGCCCAGGGGUGGGGCCCUGCUACGCACCUACUCCCCCGCAGUCGUGGGGCCCAAGGCUGCAGGUGGCGGGCCAGGCGGUGUGCCCCCUCCCAAACCAGUGCGCACAUACCAGCACAACCCCCUGGGGUCCCCCCUGUCCCCUGCUGGCAAGCCGGGGGUGGGGGGCGGGCCCCCUGUGCCCCCAGACAGGCUCUAUGGCCCCUUCUUGCCCCUGCCAUCCCCACGUGACGCAGUCUAUUCUCCGACGGCAGACCGCCUGCACACGGAGAGCGGCUACAUGUCUUCGCCCGAGCGGGGCGGUCCAUCGAGGGCUUACGCGCCGCCCUACGCCCCCGCCAGCGCCUCCGCCUACGAAGACCCCUACUACAGCCAGUACGCCCCGAGGUCCGGCUCCAUCACGCCCGUCAUCGACGAGGAAGCCAGCGACACGGAGCUGCUGGAUGAUUCGUACAGCCUGUACGGCGUGAAGCUGUCCGCCGCCGGGGGCAGAGGGGGCGGCCCGCCGGGUGCCGCCUCCCGGGGGCCGUUCCCGCCUCCGCCCCCGGCCGCUGCCGUCGUCCCCUACGAUGCCACUCGGAUCCGAGUGGAGCACAUGGAGCGGCAGCUGGCAAACCUCACAGGCCUAGUUCAGAAGGCGCUGACGCAGACUCCGACAGCUGUGGGGAGCACCUCGGCAGGGGGACCCACACCCGCACCGCGGGACUACGCAGUAGGAACGGGCGUGCAGUCUGGCACGGGUGCAGGAUCGAAUGCCGUCUCCACAGGGACGUCUGCUGCCUCCACGGCCUCACAAGCUGGAGGCAGGGACACAGGCUCUGGUGGAUACAGGAAUGCUGCGGACGAGUACGAUAAGCACUCAAGUUCCAGCUCUGCCUCAAUCCCAGAUGAUACUUACCUAAGGAGUGAUACGAAGCCGCCAAAACUAGGAAAAGACAAAUCCGUGUCUUUUGAGAAGUCUGUGUCCUUCUCCGAUGAACCACCCGACAUGAAUUCCCCGAAGCAGCAUUCACCACAACAUUCUGCGGAUUCGAAACCAACUAAACCAGCCAUUAAAUCGUCAACGCUUCCUAGAAUGUCUUCACAAGAGAGAGAUCGACAUAAACCAGCCCCUCCACCAAAACCGGUUUCAUUGUCUCCUGGCCAGUAUGAUGGUCGGCAUGUCUAUAGAGCCGACCUGCAGCUGACGCCAGAGAUGUACAACCAGUUACGUGGAUUGCAGAAGAAAGCGAAGGACCUCCGCCAGGAGGUGCGCAACCUGAGACGCAUGUCCCAAGCACAGGCCCAUUCAGUGCGUGAGACGAUCCGGGACACUUUCAUCAAGAUAAGAGCGAUGCUGUUGUCAGGUGGGGAAGAAGUUUGGGCAGCAGGUGGCGACGCUGAGAAGCUGCGUCUUAGUAGGGAAGAGGACCUGUACAAGCAGGAGAUGCUGCGCCUCGAGAAAGACCUGACGGAGCUGGAGAGCACAGUUGAAGAACUGAGGGGUAAUGUGAUCAACCGGAAGACACGGGUCAACAUGUCUGAUGUUGAGAAUAUGGCUCUUAUUCUCAGCAAAUCAAGUAAAACUGUUGCAGACCUCAAAGUGCGUUUCCCAAGUCUACAGGAGGGAAUGAAGAGCCUUUUGUCAUCUGAGAUGGAGAAAGUUGUCAGGGAAGAAAAGUUCCUUAAGGAAGAACCAGAAAGAUUAGAAAGUGCACUCCGACGCUGCAAAAAACUCACCGGCACCUUGGUCACGCUCAAAAGGCUGGCCUCUGUACAAGAGCAGCGCCUCCCCCCAUCUACGACGCCAGACUCACGGCUCUCUCCGACUCCUGGGGGAGGCGGUGCUGACUCGGACACUCCUAUCACACCACCAGCGCACGGGAAGGCCUGCACCGUUCCAGCGCGCGGUGUCAUGGCGGCCACCGUCGGCGGCGGACGUGCCAUCGGGGACGACGCCUCUCGCGCCCGUCCGGAGAACGCACUCGACGCUCUGCUAGACGAACUGCAGACAUUUGCUCGCCCGCCCCCUCCUACAGGAGUGGGCUCCUCGAGCCUCGGCGAGACCGGACGCAAGGGUAGUGUCGAUUCCAGCACUUCCCUGACGUCCACACCAGGCGGCGUAGGGCUCCGCCGACUACACUCCUAUCCGAGCAGCUCCGACAGCGCCGGCGACGGAAGCGGCCAGUCCGGCCUCGUCUCGCGGCUGCAGGUAUCUGCCGGGGGCACGGGAGGCGCGCUUACAGAUUCGUCCCAGCAGCAACAGCGCCCACCUCCUGUCUCUCCAAAGCCACCCGUCCCCGAACGCAACGCGGAGCUGCUCUCGCAGCUCGCCGGCAGGCGAGUUCCGCCCCCUCCUCCUCCACGAACGUCGUCACGGUCACCUCUGGCAUCGCCCACCAGCCCCUCGCUGCCGCCGAGGGCCCAGCACAGCAGUGCAGGGUCGGCAGGUACGCUGAGAAGGGGUGCACCCGGGCGGGGCAGCCUCAGGGAACCCGCACGAGGUGGGAGUGGCGCUGCACUGUCCCUGGCACCAGAUUCCGGAAUGGACCUCUCGUCAUCCACCGAGGGUCGGCAGCGCUUCGAUCCUGCCAGCAACAGCUCCAGCUGCGAGUCAGUAAACUCACAAGAGGGUCUCAUCUCCCAGCAGUCGACUCCACAGCAGCCACAGACAGCCCAGCAAGUGGCAGCAGCAGCUGUAGCAGCACGAGGGAGGAAGGAACUGUUGGAGCAACGUCACCAGGAGCUGCUCAGGAAGCAGCGAGCUCUGCAGGAACAGUACGCCCGCCUGCAGCAGCUGCAGAGGGGUGGUGCAGCAACAUUGGCCGUCGUGCCGCCUGCAGGUGGCGCUACACCUGACCUCCUCCUCCUGAAGAAGACAGGCAGCGAGAGCAACCUCCUCGCGAAGAUGGGCCUCGGGGCCGGCCUCGCCACCAUGUCCGGGUCACUCACACAUCUCGCCUCAGCUCCUCCGUCUGCUGCCACACCAGUCCCACAGCCCAGGACCAGUGUCCAACAACAACAACAACAACAACAGGAGAAACCUCCAGCUUCCACAUCAGACACAGUGCCGUCGACAGCUGCCACAGCCACGACAACUACUCCUGCGAUGACCGGCAAAAUAUACGAGACAGACAUCCUGUGACCCCUCAGGGACUGUCUGGAGCUGCCUCCUGACUUGAUUUCUAGUGUUACCACCCAUGAAAAAUAAAUGCAUGUGUAACAGUAGGUAAUAGAAUGGAGAAAGUGCAGCACUAUGGCUAAGAAGCCUGAUUGAAUAUUCGUUCUCCUCUGCUGUUCGUGGGGAAAAUAGGAGUGAAAUCAUCCACUGCCACAUAACAGUCCUCCAUUAACAAAGAGUAAACACCAGCCAUAGGUAAUCAUGUAUCAGAGCAUAAAUAUGAUUGUUGUUUUCAACACGUCUUUACUUGGAGCAACUGGUAACAUUUUAAAUCUGCAUCAAGUCCUAUUUUUCCGUAUUUCCUAUUCUAAUUUUCAUCUUGUUCAUUUCUUUUUCCCUAACACACACAAAUGCAGUGUGGCUGGUCAAUAGUUACAUGCAGGAUUUACAGUUCCAGUACAUUCAGUGGACUUGUGCAGGCCACUCAGAUCCCAGGUUGAUAAGGACCACCUGUCGCGAUGAGUGGAGUAGAUUCAAAAUUUUCCCAAGUUAAGUUUUCCUUUGGUUCUUAGUUUUGAUGAAAUUUCUGUUCCAGUCUUUUUAACUGGUCAGUAACAUGCUUUAAUGCUCUGCGUCUCAGUUAAUUUUGUGCAUUAUAGUAAACAUCACCACCAUCUUGAAUUCUAUAAGUGAAUUACCUGAACCAUAUAGUCCAUCCUUUUUUAUACCUUUUUAAUAGUUUGUAACUUAAAUUGCCAACCAAUUAUAAUCUUGAUUUCCAAGUUUCCUGCCAUAUAUGUUGGCAAGCACAUAUUAUACUAGUCACAGAUCAGGACACAUUCACAUUCCAGCAGAAGCAAUAAUAACUUUCUAAAGGAGCUUGCAGAAUACCCAUGCACAUAUUCAUUUCCUUUUAAAAAGUAAUAUCAUAAAGUCCGUUAGAACAACUCUUUUCAUUUCUAAAAUCAUAAUACAUUACUGUAGGUUUUCUAGAAAUAAGCCCUUCCUACUUUAAUCAUCAAAGGAUUUGAAAAUCUUCCUCUAUAAAAAUGAAAUAUUUUUGUUAUUGUCUCAGCCACACAUUUGGAGCAUCAGUGUGAGAAAUACAUUCUAGUCUGCAGGCUAUGAAUUUACUACUAUAUUAAGACUGUUCUGCGCUGCCUUAUUCAAAGCUACUUCAUUUAAUGUAGUUUAUCGCACACAAUGUGAAGAAGCCAACAUAUCCUAUCCCUGACGAGCUAUCGUAUGUGUAGAAGCUAUCGUGGACAGUUGAACUAAUGCUGAUGAGAAAGUAACCAGUUCCAAGAAGCUUAGUUUUAUUUCUGGUGAUAGAAUGUAAAAGCAUGUAGAGCAGUUAGUUUGUCUUUCUUGCACCAACUGUUAAACAACCAUAAACACGUUCUCUCAUUACAUAUACCAUAUUGGUAACACAAGUAUUAACAGCCCUGGAAAUGCUAUUAACAUUUUCCACUUUGAAAAGAGUGUGUUGCACUCACUUUAUAAGUGAUACAAUUUUUACUCUUAUUAUUAUCAUUUCAUUAUUUACGUCGACAGCCACUUUCUCGACUGUAUACUUGGCAUAUACAGACUCAGGGAAAGUUAAUUUUGCACCACAAUGAUUUUGUUACAGCUAUUCCCUUUGAACAGAGGAAAGCUGAGAACUGGUCAGUGAUGUUAUCUGUAUUCAAGCACUGCUCUAUAAAUGAAUAAGAAGCAGCCAAGAUGAUAUUUGUUGGGGAUAAUUCAAGAAGAUUGACCAAUCCCAGAAUUCACAAAUUGUUUUGUAUCUCUGUUUUAUUGUUAGGUUUCUGUGAGAACCUUUUGCUUAAAAAAAAAAAAAGUAUCUUUGAGUCAAUUGUACAUGGUGGGUUCAUCAUACUUGUUCUUAAGGCAUCUGCUACAUUCCAAAAUCCUACUUUCUCCACUCCUACCCACCCCCAGUACUACCCCACAAUCUCUGUCACAGUUCUGCUUUCUCUCAUAAGUUUAUAAUUUUUUUUUAAAAAAAAGAGCAUAUGCAUUGCAAAUUCGUAAUUAUGGUUACAACACUAUCUUUGUUUACAUUAACAGAUUAUUCCAAGUAUGUGAUGGCUGAAUAGCUAUAGUGUUGCACUUUGCAGUGGUAAGAUGCUGAGCUUUUGAAAUUCUACAGCAUAGUGGAAAACUGACUGUUUCUUGUAUACUAUUUCUUAGUUUUCAUUGUAUUUUCUACUCAGGGUGUUCACAACUAUUGUGGGUUGUGUUUUUGCUAUUGAAUUCUGUGAGGAAGAGAAAAUAUCUGUAAAAGAAAUGUGAGGACUACUGCUAUUUUUAUGUGGUCAUUUCUGAGGAUAUUUUAGGCUGGAGAUUCGUAUCCUGUUGGCAAAGUGAUUGUCUUGUUGAUUUUGUGCUUUUGUUAAUUGUCUUCUUACAGUACUAAAUCAUCUGUGCGUCACAUAUUAGCUGUUAACAGGUGAGUGCUGUGAACCUGCAACUAGUUUCAUUUUCUUGCUUCCCCUCCACUGUCACAACAUUGAGAAGUAGUAACCUUCAUGCAUUAUUUCAAAUUGCCUUCACGCAUUCACUUUACCUCAUUUCAGUGGUGUGGAGAAUGUCAUCAAAUGAGCUGGAACAUGCAAAUACAUGUGUCUGUCCAGAAGUCGCUACUGACUACUACUGACUGUCAUAUUAUGAUUUGAUUGUGGCCAAUAAAAUGUUGCAGACCAGCCUAUCACCUUAAUAAAGCUUUGUGCAGACCAAAUUCACAUUCUCUCACCUCUGUUGUAUGCAUCAUUCUUCUUCCAAAUGUAAGCCACCAUUGCAGUACUAAAUACCAGUAUCUAUAGAACGUUUUUUCAUCUCAAUGUAUUAAGAAGCAUGUGGCAGAAAUGAGCAUAGUGACCCCAGAUAGAAUUGUAAAUCAUGAGACUUAUUAGUUGAUAAUUUCUGUGCUUGUAAUGUAUCAGUGAGUAAUUGUUGCAGUACAUGAAGAAUCUCUGGAUUGGCAUUUCACUUUUUUGCAAAGAUGUAAAUACGUAAAUUUGUGAACACCAUUUCUGUAGUUCAGUAUCUGUGGUACUAUCAACUGUUAAUUAAGAGUCAUUUUGUGAAUGGAGGCCUCACCUUAAUGAAACUCAUAAACUUCAGAUGUUUGUACAUCUCUAUAUUAAAUUAAUGAAUAUAAUAAUUAUAGGCAUCUCUCACUUUCUAUCACUCUUUUCCUGACAUUCUCUCUGAAGUUUUAUCUGUAUAUUUAUCAUCAUGUUUAGCUUGCAGUUUGUAAGAAAUAUAUCGCCUGGAAAGACAGGAAAAUAUAUGCUUUGUUUUACAUUAAGAUUUAAUACCAAAAAAUGUUAGAACCUCUGUACCAUAUAAGAAACUGUUAUGCCUGAUUAUGGGUGGAGGGCUGUAAAAUAGAACUGUGCCAACUAUCUCAUGUUUCUUUCUGUGUAAGAUGAUGUAAUAUUUACUAUUGGUAGUCCUUCAGUCAAGUGAUAUGUAAGGCAACUAUUUAACUAUGUUCAGGGUGUUAUAGUUGCUACAAUCCACAAAAUAAUUGCAGGGGAUUAUGGUAAAAACUGGCAGUCAGGAAACUGGGACAACAAAUGAAUUGUUGGCUUCACACUCCCCAUCCCAUUCCACUCCCUACUUCUUUCCAUUGUAAAUAUUGUGUGAUUAAAUUAUAACCAAAGAUGAGGAAAAAAAUAAGUGUUAUUACUGAAAGAAAUUGUAUGAAGUGAUUUUGCUUUGGCAGAAGAAUAUGAUAUGAAUUGUACUUAAGUGUUUUCAUGCAGAUUAUGAUGGGAUGCUGGAAGUAAAUUGCUUUUAAAUUUGCUCUCCAGGCUAAGGUGAUUGUGUUGAAAGUAGGAUGCCCAUGGCCAUAGGAUGUUAUGAAAUAAAUCGAUUAUUAUCCUUAAACUUAUAACAAUGUCUUGUAGGUUAUGGUUGAAAAUACAUUUAGUCAUUAUGUAUAUAUUAUCAGGGCUGCAGGACAAAGCCAUAGACUCAAAUAAAUUUAAACAUGCUUAAUUUUUGUAUUGUUGUAAUCUGAGGUCUCAUAAGUGUAUUCCAUCUGUCAUAAAGUUUUGUUUGUUUCUCUUGUAACCGGCUAUAAAAGUACACAUCUUUUUCAUGUUGCUCAAGUGGACAUACAAAUAUGGGAAGGCUCAGUGAGCUUAUAUUCUGAAAAAAGACUCUAGUAUGAAACUGAACUGAUGACAGCUGCCAUCAGUUAUUGAAAAUGUAAUUGAGGAACUUGCCUUACCACAUCAUUUGUGAGCAAAUGUGUCGCAUGGGUGUGUCCUUUGUCAGGAUUUCUCAGAAACUGAAAAGUUGUGGCAUUCCACAAGUGUGUUAGUGACAUAAGAACGCAAGUUCUCAUCUAGUUUAAAUAUUUAAAAGUAAAGGAAGAGAGUUACAUAAACUGCCAUUUAUUAAAAUGUGUUUUGAAUUAAAUAAACACAACACCUAAUACACCAAAUUAGAUCUGACCGCUCUUUUUAUGUAAUUAUUUCAGUGACCUUUCGUAUUUUGUUUGAAAGGAUUUGAAAAUGAAACUAUUUCUGUAGGUUUCACCUCCUGAGAGAGCAUAAACUGUGUGUAAUCGUGUUUUAAUAUCAAUUUCGGAGGUAUACUUUGUAUCUUAUGUGAAGCAUUUGAUUAAAAAUAGUGAACAUAGAAUUUAUGGUAAAGGUAUCUGCAGUUACUCCGCACUGAUCUUACUUUAUGGAAUUUGAUUGUGGGGAUCAUGGAUACUAUGAGAACAUUUGCUCAAUAACCAUAAACUGCUCUAUACAUGAAAGUGUGACCCUAUUUUACUCCAGCAGUAAUUCACAACUAUUUCAGAACAUACAUGUUUCUUGCCAUUGCAGAAAUGUACUAAUUUUUAUUCCAUGUGCAUGUGAUCACAAAUGAAAGGAUGUCCCAAAUAAUUUUCUGGUCUCACCUUCUUUGUUAUACAUGAACAGCUUGUAUUUAUUUAUUUCGUAACACUGAAAAUUUUUUUGUCUUAUUUUUAAUCAUGUUUCUCUUCUACAUUGAAUGCUCUAUGUGGGUAUAGUUAAUCAACAUUUUUGCUUGUAUUUUGUUCAGGUUAGUUUGUCACUAUUAUCACAAUGUACUUCAUUUGGAAUUGCGCUGGACCUAUCUUUGAUCGGUAGACUGCAGUGAUCUCUUUAGACUGAGUAUAAAGUAAACCAUUUCAGUGCAGGUACUUCUUACAGUGAAAAAUGAAAGUUACAACUUGCUUGAGCUGAUGAAUAAAAUUGUGAAACAAAUUAAUUCCUCCUGCUGACCAAUCAGAAGAGGAACUUUCCUGUGAAUAUUUUUGUUGCCUUAUUUUUGGAGUAGGAUAUACUGACUAACAAAUGCGCUUUGUUCAGACCAUAAAGGGUAUUAGGUACCUGCAGUGAACAACAUUAAAACUAGUAGUUCGCAGUUUCCCUUGGGAAAAGAAAAUGCUUCCAUGUAUCAGGUGAUAAUAAAAGCAAAAAUUAAAUCCUGAAGCAUAAUGCAACUUCUAUACAAAGUUUUUAAUUGUACACUUAAAAUAUUGGUUUCAGUGAUGUUGUAGCCCCUUAACACCAUGUAUACUCAGAAAAGAAAUGUAUAAGUGUAUUUACUACAAAAAAAAAAAGAAACACAAGAGUUCCUGCAAUAAAAGUGAAUUUCUUAAGUAUUAAAUUUGUCUUGUUAGAAUCCCAGUGGCCAAAUGAAGUUAUGGUUUUUCCUAGUGCUAAAACUAAAAAAAGAAAAAAAGUGUAAUAAAGUUUGGGAUGAUAUUAUAACUGAACAGCCAUCCCUGUUUGUAUUCUUUCUUCAUGAAACAAGUAAUGUGUUUGUGUUCAUGUUAGUAUAUUACAACUGUCUUUCAAAUAUUGGAGAGUAUAUCACUGAUUGUCUCAGAUAUAUUUUCAGUGGUGUUCAGUGCUUGAGGGUUCCUUUAGAUAUUCUCUUUUUUUUUGUGAAAGUGUGUUUGUCACCAUUGUGCUUUCUACUUUUUCCACUGAUACUUAAUAUGUAACAGGAAUUGUUUCUACAAAUAUUAUUAUGUGCUUCAGUUUCUGCAGUCUUCUUUAGUGUUUUGCAUUUAAUAUGUCAUGUGCCUGCGCUUGGUUUGUUGAGAUCCUAACAAAUGACUUAAGAUAUACUGGGAUAGUUAAGCAACCUCCCAAAAAUGUUUUUAAUUUAUAAUUAAAUUUCACUUGUUGUUCAGAGUUAAUUGUAAAUGUUUGUAAUUAACCAAGUAAAAAAAAAGUCAUCUGAAUGGAAA